CUGCAGGGCGGGCUGCGGGCGGCAGGGUAGCCUUGCACAACUGGCCCGAAAGAGGAAGCUCAGAAAGGGCUGAAGUAAACACUUAGGAAGGCGGUUGCAAAAUCAAUCGGGUUCCCAGCCUGCUGCCGAACCAUCCCUCGGCCCCAGGUCCCUAAGAGAUCCAGGCUCCAAAGUCGGGUGGACUCGCCAGGGGACGCCCCGGAGAGAAGGGCGAGCGCGGCGCAGGGGCCCUCCUGAAACCUCCAUGCAAAGCGGCACGGCGAGCGCCACACGUCUGCGCGCUGCGUGGGAAGGGCAGGGCUGACAGCACUUCCUCCCGAGGCGGCAGACCUCCACCCCGGGUACAGCCGACUGGCCCGAGUCGCGUCGCGUCGCCGUCCCCGCCGGCGCCCCGCAGCGCCCAGCAGAGCCGUCGAGUUUUUGGCUGGGGCUGGAUUUGAACCCGCCACCUCCGGUAUAUGGGGCCAGUGCCCUACUCCUUGAGCCACAGAUGGGUGAGUCAAGUGAGGACAUCGACCAAAUGUUCAGCACUUUGCUGGGGGAGAUGGAUCUUCUGACCCAGAGUUUAGGAGUCGACAUUCUUCCUCCUCCUGAUCCUAAACCUCCCAGAGCUGAAUUUAACUACAGUGUGGGUUUUAAAGAUUUAAAUGAAUCCUUAAACGCGCUGGAGGACCAGGAUUUAGAUGCUCUCAUGGCAGAUCUGGUAGCAGAUAUAAGUGAAGCUGAGCAGAGGACGAUCCAGGCCCAGAAAGAGUCUUCUCGGAGUCAACAUCAUUCAGCAUCUCCAGAGGCAUUAAAUGUCAGUGGUGCAGCCUCUCUGGGUUAUGCCGCAAAUGUUGCUGCUGCCAGUAUCAGCCACUAUGAGUAUGACUUACCACCCCCACCAGCAGAUCCUGUGUUAGACCUCCCACCGCCGCCACCACCUCCACCUCCUGAACCUCUCUCUCAAGAAGAAGAGGAAGCCCAAGCCAAGGCUGAUAAAAUUAAGCUGGCAUUGGAAAAACUCAAGGAGGCCAAGGUUAAGAAGCUCGUGGUCAAGGUGCACAUGGACAACAGCAGCACUAAGUCACUAAUGGUGGAUGAACGGCAGUCGGCCCGAGAUGUUCUGGACAACCUCUUUGAGAAAACUCAUUGUGACUGCAACGUAGACUGGUGUCUCUAUGAAACAUACCCAGAACUACAAAUCGAGAGGUUUUUUGAAGACCACGAAAAUGUUGUUGAAGUCUUAUCAGACUGGACGAGAGAUACAGAAAAUAAAGUACUAUUUUUGGAAAAAGAGGAAAAAUAUGCUGUAUUUAAAAACCCCCAGAAUUUCUACUUAAAUAACAAAGGGAAGAAAGAAGGCAAGGAAACCAAUGAGAAAAUGAAUGCUAAGAACAAGGAAAGUUUACUUGAGGAAAGCUUCUGUGGAACGUCAAUCAUUGUACCAGAACUUGAAGGAGCUCUUUAUUUGAAAGAAGAUGGAAAGAAAUCAUGGAAAAGGCGCUAUUUUCUUUUACGGGCUUCUGGAAUUUAUUAUGUACCCAAAGGAAAGACCAAGACAUCUCGAGAUCUGGCAUGUUUUAUACAGUUCGAAAAUGUCAAUAUUUAUUACGGGAUUCAGUGCAAAAUAAAACACAAAGCGCCCACUGACCACUGCUUUGUUUUAAAGCAUCCCCAGAUUCAGAAGGAAUCCCAGUACAUCAAGUAUCUCUGCUGUGAUGACGCAAGAACUCUUAACCAAUGGGUUAUGGGGAUACGGAUUGCCAAGUACGGGAAGACUCUCUAUGACAACUAUCAGCGGGCCAUGGCCAGGGCUGGCCUUGCCUCUCGGUGGACAAACCUGGGGACCGUCAAUGCCACGACACCAGCCCAGCCUUCCGCAGGACUUAAAACAGGCACCGCUCAGCCCAAUGGGCAGAUUCCCCAGGCUGCACGUCCUGUCGGUUCUGUUCUGGAAGGGUCCCAGAGACACACUGAAGCAACUCAGGAUAAGAAGCCGGCCCUGGGAAACCACCUCGAGCCCGGAGCGCCCAGGGCCCACCCGCUUCCCAAAGCCAGCCUGCCCCCGCCCCCUCCCCUGCGACGGUCUUCGGACCUGGGCUGCAGCCCCGCCCCGCCUCCCAAGGCCAAGGGCACGGGCGGCGGCGGCGGGGACUUCCCAGCCCCGCCCGACGACUUCCUGCCGCCGCCUCCCCCGCCGCCGCCACUAGGGGACGCCGAGCUCCCGCCACCGCCCCCGGAGCUCCCCGACGCGCCCCCGGACUUCGUGCCGCCGCCCCCGCCGCCGGUGCUCGCGGGGGACCCGGGCUCCGCGCUGCCGCCCCCGCCGCCGCCGCCGCCCGCGUUCGCCCCGGGGUCUGCCGGGCCGUCCCCCUCGGUCGCCAAAAGGCCACCCAUGCCCCCCAAGAGGCACGACAACCCGGGAGUCCCCGGCGGCGGGGGAGGAGGCGGGGAACAAGAUUUCAUGUCCGACCUCAUGAAGGCUUUGCAGAAGAAGAGGGGCAACGUGUCCUAAGGGCCGCCCAGAGAUGUCCCCGUGGCGUAAGGACAGUAGCCAUCUCUCACCUCGAGCUCUGUUUUGCUACGUUAUAGUCUUGGCGUCUUUCAUUCUAGAUGAAAGGGUUGGAAGUUUCCAGGCCAGAAAGGAUGUCAGACUUUUCCCUGUCGAGCUCAAGUAUUUUCAUUACCAUUAACCUAGCAGAAUUUAGACGAUCUGCCUAAAUGUACAUAUCUGUCCUAUGUAUUUUCACCUAAAUGGAAUUUAUCACUCCUUCAACUAAAACAAUGGUUUACUUCAUUUAUUUUAUUAUGUUCGGAAGCAUCAAAUUAAUAAAAAAAAUCUUUUCAUGAA